ACACCCUAGAAGAUCAAAAUGCACAAAAUGAUUCAGAUAAUCAAGAGUUUCUACUAUCUGAAUUGAAAGAUUAUUACAAAAAGCUAAGUCCAAAAAUGAAGAGAAAAUAUACUGAGCUUUCAAAUGAAGGAAAAAUUAUUUACUUAAAAGUGGUUAAGUCAGAACGUGAAAGAAGUGUAAGUUUACUUAAAAAACAUGUUUCUCAUCAACAACAAUAA